AUGCUGGAUUUGGACAUUCUGGAGUAUUUGGAAAUUCUGGAUUCGGAAAUGCUGGAUUUGGAAAUUGUGGAUUUGGAAAUUCUGGAGUUGGACAUUCUGGAUUAUUUGGAAAUUGUGGAUUUGGAAAUGCUGGAUUUGGACAUUCUGGAUUUGGAAAUGCUGGAUUUGGACAUUCUGGAUUUGGAAAUGCUGGAUUUGGACAUUCUGGAUUUGGACAUUCUGGAUUUGGAAAUUGUGGAUUUGGAAAUUCUGGAUUCGGAAAUUCUGGAUUUGGAAAUUGUGGAUUUGGAAAUUCUGGAGUUGGACAUUCUGGAUUAUUUGGAAAUUGUGGAUUUGGAAAUGCUGGAUUUGGAAAUUCUGGAUUUGGAAAUGCUGGAUUUGGAAAUUCUGGAUUUGGAAAUGCUGGAUUUGGAAAUUCUGGAUUCGGAAAUUCUGGAUUUGGAAAUGCUGGAUUUGGAAAUUCUGGAUUCGGAAAUUCUGGAUUCGGAAAUUCUUUUUUUUGAGACUCUCUCCUCUCCCUCACCAUAUUCUAAACGCGCCGAACCUCCAUGCUUAAAAUCGAAGGCUUCCAUAAUUCACACUUUCAGGUCGUUGUCAAUUUUAAAGACGGAUAUAAGAGAGGCCAAAUCCGCCUACUGA